UCUCACUAUUUUCCCAGUACUUCAAUCCUCCCGGCCCCUUUCGAAAUCUCAUUAUUCCCAGACACGAAAACAAAACAUGAAAGGCUCCAUCCAAGUCUUCUUUUUGCUAGCCAUGCUAAUGGCUUUAGCCGCCAUUACUCUUUCCGCAUCAACCCCGGAGGAAGAUCGAGAUGAAUGGUUCUCCGAUGAGGAAACAGAUACUCCAAAUGAACCAUCUGAUGAUCUCCCUACGACCUUAAGCCAACCAAAAACUUCUCUCAGGGGAGCAAGCCGCUUCCUUGCCACUCGGGCUGUUGCGACUACAUGUGACAAAAACCCUAAGGUGUGUAAGGCUGCAGGCAGCACGGGGCGAGAUUGCUGCAAGAAGAAGUGUGUGGAUCUGAAGACGGACAGAGUCAAUUGCGGCAAGUGUGGGAAGAAAUGCAAGUACUCGGAGAUAUGCUGCAAAGGAAAGUGUCUGAAUCCAAUGUCUGACAAGAAAAACUGUGGGAGCUGCAACAACAAGUGCAUGAAAGGCAGUUCGUGUGUGUACGGAAUAUGCAGCUAUGCAUAGAAAUGAGCAGGCCAACUUCUACGUACGUCCAUGCAUGAUAAGGAUAGCACUAAUUUCAUUUGUGCAGCUAUAUAUAUACUUUAUUAAAUUCAUUAUUUAUUCGUCUAAUUCAAAUUAAGUACAAAAUACUUGAACUGUGGCAAUGUGGCAUGAGUUUAAUUAUUUAUGUAAGGUGUGCCAGGAAUAAGGGGUAUCUAACUAGUCGAUCAGCACCCAUUGGCUUUGUCAAUUGUCGACGAGGAAUUAUUUAAUUUGUUGUAAA